CGCCCCGCUCCCAAGAUGGCGUCGAUGCGGGAGAGCGACACUGGCCUGUGGCUGCACAACAAACUGGGCUCCACAGACGAGCUGUGGGCGCCGCCGAGCAUUGCCUCGCUGCUCACGGCUUCGGUGAUCGACAACAUCCGCCUCUGUUUCCACGGCCUCUCCUCGGCCGUCAAGCUCAAGCUACUCCUGGGGAUGCUGCACCUGCCCCGCCGGGCGGUGGAUGAGAUGAAAGGGGCACUGACUGAAAUUAUCCAGCUCGCUACCUUGGAUUCAGACCCCUGGGUCUUAAUGGUAGCUGAUAUUUUAAAAUCCUUUCCAGAUACUGGCUCCCUUAACCUUGAUCUUGAAGAACAGAAUCCCAAUGUUCAAGAUAUUUUAGGAGAGCUUAGAGAAAAAGUAAGUGAAUGUGAAACUUCAGCUAUGUUGCCGUUGGAAUGCCAAUACUUAAAUAAAAAUGCCUUGACAACACUAGCUGGGCCACUUACUCCCCCAGUGAAACACUUCCAGCUGAAAAGGAAACCUAAAAGUGCCACUCUCAGAGCUGAACUCUUGCAGAAGUCAACAGAAACUGCACAACAGCUCAAGAAGACUGCAGGAGUGCCUUUCCAUGCCAAAGGCAGGGGACUGGUCAAAAAGAUAGAUACCACAACACCACUCAAAGGAAUACCAAAACAAGCUCCGUUCAGGAGUACUUCAGCACCUAGUGUAUUUAGUCCUUCUGGAAACAGAACUCCUAUUCCUCCUUCAAGAACACCUUUGCGCAAAGAAAGAGGAGUAAAGCUUCUAGAGAUCUCUGAGCUGAAUAUGGUCGGUGCUGGCCGUGAAGCAAAGAGAAGAAGAAAGACAUUAGACACAGAAGUUGUGGAAAAGCAAGCCAAAGAAGAAACAGUAGUAGAAAAUGCUACCCCAGAUUAUGCUGCUGGCCUUGUGUCUACACAGAAACUUGGCUCAUUGAACAAUGAGCCUGCACUACCUUCUACAAGUUAUCUACCUGCUACCCCCAGUGUGGUGCCGUCUUCCUCAUAUAUCCCAAGUUCUGAAACACAGCCAGCUGGCUCUGCACGAGAGGCCUUGCAGACUAACAGACAGACUGAAGAGCCUGCAGCUCCAAAUGCUACCACAACUCUUCCUGCACAAUUCAAACAAAGAACACCCAUGUACAAUAGUAACUCUAAUCCACCUGCAGCUACGCCUACCUCACCCCUAACACCUACCACACCUCCUGCCAUUUCCCCUGCAGCACAAGCACCACAAGUGGCCCCCCAAACUCAGCAACAGCCACCACUGAAGAAAAGCCUCUCUCUCACAAGAGAGCAAAUGUAUGCUGCACAGGAAAUGUUCAAGACUGCAAACAAAGUUACCAGGCCAGAAAAGGCUCUUAUACUUGGAUUCAUGGCAGGAUCCAGAGAGAAUCCUUGCCAAGAGCAAGGUGACAUCAUCCAAAUCAAACUUAGUGAGCAUACAGAAGAUUUACCAAAGGCAGAUGGCACUGGCAGCACCACUAUGUUGGUUGAUACAGUCUUUGAAAUGAACUAUGCUACUGGUGAAUGGACCAGAUUCAAGAAGUACAAACCUAUAACUAAUGUUUCCUAAGAGAUGCAGCAACAGCAGACUGGACCAAAUCAAGCUUAGAGUCAACCAGCUCAUAGAGUAUGUCAACUGUACAAAAUGGCAUUCAUAUGUACAUUUCUUAUUACCCUUCAGAGUAAAAGCUGUGGCUCUUCAACCUAACUGGGCUCAGUGAACACAGAAGAAGAUGGUGUCAAACUUGCUUUUUUAUUUUAAUCUUGGGAGAGGGAAAGGUGAUCUUAGGGGGGGGAGUUUUGGUGUGUUUUUGUUUUCCUACAGUUUGAGAUGCUGGAGAAGAUCACAACUGAAAGAUUACAGAUUGGAGCAGUUUACUUCUGAGUACCGGAAGAGAAGACUACUGCGCAGUCAUUCACGGUUUACCAUUAAACGAGGGCACAGAUGUUUAUUGUAAAAAUAUUUUCUUUGGCUACAUGGGUUCCAUUGUAAGAAUGGACAUUUAAAGCACCACUGGUCAGUGCUUGAUUAUUUUGUAAUUCAGCUGCAGUAUAACUAAAUAUUGCAGGUGGCAGAUGUCCAGUGUCUAAUGGUACCCACUGUAUGUUUAGCUUAUUUAUGCUUGGGUCAUAGGAUGGGAUUGAGCAGCUUUUUUUAACUCGCUAUGUUGUCAAUGUCCAUGCCCAGCAUGAGUUAAUCUAUAUUUGGCAUUAUUUGAGAUUGAGAUAAACUGAGUAUUGUAACUUUCUGAAGAAACAAACAUCAAAAUUAAGAAAAAAGUAGUGGUGGCUUGUCACUGCCUGGAAGUGAUAGCUCUUUACCAUGCAAGUCUUACGGUAGAAGUUGAUCUAUGGCACUUGCAUAGCAAGCCCUUUGAACAGCAUAACUUACCUGAGAGGAAGUGGUUCUAUUACAUCUCAAGUCCAAUUGCAGCUUAAUUAAAAAUGGCCCUAGGAAUGGUUGAGUGACACAUACCUGAAUAUAGAUGGUUGGGAAGAUUUGUUGUCUUGAGACAGUGUUAAUUUAUGUUUAGUUGAGCAGUCAUAAGGUGCUUGAUUGCCAAGCCCUGAUCCAGAAAGUUUUGAAUGACUGUAGCUGUGGUUUUUACCAGUGUUGUUACAUCAGUAUAAUCACUAAUGUGGCCACAAUUAUACUGGCAUACAAAUGUGCCUUAUACUUGUCCCCUUCUAGUAGAAGCACAUUUUUUAUCUAUAUAACUGUGUUCACACCACUGGUAUAAUCUGGCUUUAAUAGUACAAAUAAAGCUUGUAUUUAUUGAGAGGGCUUAUGUACACAGUUCAGGAGUCAUCCUUUGGAGACUUGGCUUCAUCAUGUGGAGGAGAGUUGGAUUACAUGUCUGGUUUCUGCCAGUACUUGUAUGUGGAGCUGUGCUUGUUGGGAAUGGUGCUUAGAAGGAAGAAAUACAAAGAUGAGCAGCAUAAUGGUUGUUUGGUGCUGAGGAGGUACCUUGGGCUGACUAGAGGUUCAUGUUAAAGUGGAACUCUUAGAACAAAAUGAAGCUUUUCUUUUUUCUGAAAAGAAAGCAGACCAAAUCCCAUAAGUACACUUACAUGCUAACAAAGAUGUUUAGAUGAUUCGUUAGAGUCUUUUUGUAUUGGGGAAUUUUUAUUGCAUUUUAUUUUUAGUUUUUCAAACAAAUUAUCCAACAGGACAGGGCAAGUAUAAAUAAUAAGAAAAUCUGUAUUCUACAGUGUUUUAAGAUGUGACCAAAAGUAUAUAGAUUUCUUAACUUUAUUUAAGCAAAUAUACAGAAUGUUCUAUCUCCUGUAGUGGGCAAGUUUUUUGAUGGUACCUGCUACCAUUACAGACCGUUGUGUAUGUAUUAGUGUGAAAGUUACUCACAUAUAAC